CCAGCAACAGGAGAAGUUUCAUCAUCAGAGUGUACUAACUUAAAUCUUCUUGGACAACUCAGACCAUCUUGGCUUAAAUCAUCUUGACUUAAACAGAGCAUGGACACCCAUGUAAAACGAGGAGAGGUUUAUUUACAACACCAAAGACAUUCAGAGAAAUGGAAGCGGUACUGGCUAAACCUUUACCCGAACAGCCGUAAUGGUGUAGCCCGACUGGAGCUAACAGAAACAGGUCCAGAGAAAUCGCCAGUUAUUGUCCGGAAGCAGCCAGACCGCAAGAUCGUGAGGCUAGCUGAAUGUAUCAGCGUUGUCCGACUCCCCCCACAUGCAGAGGCUCUGCCAGGGGACAACAUGGCUGCCUUUUGUGUAGAUACAGAUGAAAAGAAGCUGGUGUUUGCUGUUGAAAAAGAGGGCUGCGGAGAGUGGGUUGAAAGAAUCUGUGAAAUUGCAUUUCAGAAGAGCAGUAAAAAUGUCCCACAACUAAUUAUACAAAUGGAAGAUAAUCAGAUCUAUGCUUCCAGAGAAGAAGUGUUUGAGUUUCUGGUGACUGUACAGCAGUCUGAGGCUUCGGUUCGCUGCAACCUGCAGGGACUGUAUUGGUUGCAAGUUGGUGAAGAAAUGUUAAUGCUCAAGGAUACUGAAAGCAAGCAUGGAGUAAUGGAAUGGCCCUACAAGCUACUGCGCCGCUAUGGAAGAGACAAGAUGACCUUCUCAAUUGAGGCAGGUAGACGUUGUGAUUCUGGCCCUGGCACGUUUGUUUUUGAGACAAAGCAAGGUGAUGAGAUUGUCCGUCUCAUGGAACUGGCCAUCCAGCAGCAGAAGGGCCUGGCUGUCAGUGCAGGUAGCUCCCCUGUUCUCUCACCUUUCUUCCCAAUGCCUAAACAUCUCAGCAGUGGCAACUUACUGGACGUUCACAUCAACACCUAUACUGACUCCAGCUCAGCUGAAUCAGACUACAUCAAACUUGUUACUGCCUCUUCCCAAACAGCACAGAGACAUCCCUUUGAAUCCAUUUCCUUGCCUGAAAUUGUGUACUCGAAUCCUGUUGAUGUUGUUCGGUUAGACAAGUGUAUGCACACACAAAGAGCUAGAUCACAAUUGACUGUAAAAAAUAGUAGUCCUGGACAUUGUUGUAACGAGGACUUAGAACCAGUGUAUUCUGAUCCUGUUGAUGUUAUCCAGCCUCAAUUUCAUCCCCCCAAAUUUUCAUCUGCUAAUCUUGCUAAAGCGAAAGAAACAUUUAAUUAUGUCGAUGAGUCAGAACCAGUCUACUCUGAGAUAUCUAAUUUCACACCAUGCCCAGCACAGAAACAGGGAAGCAUGGUUCAGAAUGAGGAAGAACCUAUCUACAGUUUACCCGAGGUUUGUGCAGUUCAAAAAACACAGGAGGAGGUUCUCACCAGUGCUGCAAAUGAUAGUAAGCAGAACACACCAAGCAGUAUGACAGAGGAAGUCAUCUACAGUCAAGUGAACAAACCUAAGAAAUCCGCAAAGCCUCAAGAAAAGUAUAGCAUUUACAGUGCGCAAGAGAUUAUGUCUGAAGAUCUUGGACUGAUUUAAAAUAGCACUGGAAUUUCUACUAUUUGUAAUAGCCAUUCAUAAAGAUUAUGUAAUAUAAGUAAAAGUUCCUAAACAACUACAAUCUCAAUGGGCUGGCCAUCAUACAAGUACCUGUAUACAUUGUUAAAAUUAUAUUAUAUAAUUUUAUUUGAUUUGAGAAGUCAAUGUUUUUUUGGUUAGGGGGUCCUUAACACUAUAAAAUGUUUCCUUGCGGAACACUUCAUGAUCAUGAAUCCACCAUUGUAUAGUUUUACAUAAAUACAUUAUGGGCUUUCCAAGAGAAACAACCAUGGUUCUAGUUUUUUUUUUUUGUUAAUUAAUUUAUAGAAUUGUAUUUAAUUUAUUAUAAUUUUUUUAAAAGAAAAAUGUAUUAUUAUCUUCAUGAGUUCACACCUUCAGCAAUACUAAAAAGAGGUAUGGAUUGAAAUGUGGACUUUUUUGUCAUUGUUGAUAUCCAUUAAAACAGUUGAUAAACAGAAAAAGUUGAA